UAGCCUAGAGGUCAUUAACAAAAGCACAAAGAAUAUAUUAUAUUUACUCAUACUAAAAACAUUCUUAACUGUUUUUCUCUCUUUGUAUGUAUAUUGGGUAUAUAAUGUUUUUAGAAUAUAAUCAUUUAAAGCGUAGAUAAAGCCCCGGAAGUUCAUUUCAUGAAAUGUACGUACGUGCACAGUUAAUACUAGUACAUGUAAAAUGGCGACUUCUUCUGUUGAUGAUACGAUUGCAAAUACUUCUGACAGUAUAUUUGAAAUGUUUUGUGAAUCAUGCAAAAAAGACAACAUAUAUUCAACAGCUCAUGGUUUUUGUGUGGAUUGUGUGGAAUAUUUUUGUGAAAAGUGUCAAAGGUUUCAUGACAGAUUUCUUCCAAAUCAUGUGUAUAAGGAUCAAUUAUCGAUGCCACUGGACUUUUGUCUUGAUACAUGUGAAACGCAUUCCACGGAAGUUCUUAAAUUCUAUUGUGAAAACUGUGAAGAUUUUGCAUGCUUUGUGUGUAAGAAUGUCCUGCACAAACAUUGUCUAGACGUUAUGCAUGUACCAUCAAUAGUAGCACAUAUUGAAAACAGUCCGGAUUUCAAAUCAUUCAUUUCUAAGCUUGAAAGGAAUGAAAACAAACUAAGAGAACUCACAGAUAUAAUGCUAGCAAGUAAGCAAAAUGACAUUGAUAAUAAUUUUGAAAAUGCAAAAGCAUGCAUAAAAGCUCAAAAUGAAGAAAUGUGUGAAAGAUUCGAAUGUUUUAAAAAUGAAAUUGUAAGGAAGCUUGAUCAUCUAAGGACAAAUAACAAACAUCAGAUAGAUGAUUUAUUAAAAGAAUACAGAAUACAUUUUUCUAAAUGUGAGUCUUUACGACGGAAAAUUGAAAUAAUGAGCGCGACUGGUCAGCGGAGCAAACUUUUUAUAACAAUGAAGAGGUCAGGAAAUGAUAUAGCAAUGUUUGAAAAAGCCAUUGCUAGUAUUGAAUCGCGGUGCAAAGUCAAGAAGUUUGUUUAUGAACCAAAUAAGUACUUCCUGUCAAGCAUUGAAAGAUGUGAUGACAUAGGAUCUGUAAAAGAAGAAGAUGAUAAAUUGGUUGUCAGUCGCCAACAGUCGCCGAAAAUGCUCUGCAGCUCCAAUAUAGAUUUAUGCAUGGAUGUAUUUCAAAGAAACGGAAUAUCAGAAACAGCUGCUGAGUUAAACAGAGAGUUGUAUGCAUGGAAAGCUGAAACCAUUAAUAUUGCAGUGAUUGGCUGCUCCGGAGUUGGAAAAUCGACUUUUAUAAACAGUAUGUGCGAGUUUAAGCUAGAAGACUCCUCUGCUGCCAAAACUGGAGUGAUUGAAACCACAUCUAAUGUAACUGCAUAUCCCUUACAACGCAAUACAAAUGUUGUACUUUGGGAUUUCCCUGGUUUUGAUGCAAGGCAGAUACAACCAAAAAAGUACUAUGCUUCGAAAGACUUUGAAAUAAUGGAUAUAGUAAUAAUAAUUCUAUCAACACGCCUAACUGAGAAAGAUGUGCAGCUUAUAAACACAAUUGCACAGCAAGGUAAAGUUUAUUAUCUUGUUCGCACCAAAUUUGAUUGUGAUUUAGAAAAUCUUGGAAUGCAAAACUGUUCUCAAUCUGAAACUAAAUUGCUUAAAACUAAAUUGAAAUCUUCAUACAAGGCUGCAUUAAAAGGUGAAAAUGAAGUAUUUUUUAUUGACAGCUUCAUGUUGGAUAGUCAUGACUACGAAAGGUUUGAGAAAGUUCUCAUAUCUGACGCCAAAUGUUUAAGCCAAGAAAAGUCAAUUUCGUUCACACUCGCAUUGCCAAUAAUAACAGAAUAUGCUAAAACUGUUAAAAGAGAACUGUUGGAAAAGAGAUUACCGAAGAGGGCAUUACAGGCAGCGUUAUCUCUACCGUUAAGUAAAAACAUUGCACUAUUAUUAAAAGAAGAAGAGGAUAUAUAUAGACAGCAAUUUUCAAAACUGCCAGAUGUCACAGAUACUUCUUGCACGGACGUGUCGUAUAUAACAAAUGGCAUAAUAGACUUAAAGGAAAGUCUGUUUCACAAACGUGUUCAUGCUGCGAAAUAUGAACUGUUUAAACAGCAAGACAAACUAACAGAACGAUUUUUACCUUUAUUUGAUAUAGUCGAUUCGUACGAGCUAUGUUUUGUUUGGUUACAAAGGUGUCUUGAAAAUGUAUUAAAAAGUACACAGCAAAACUGAAUAAUAAGAUAAUUCAAACUGUUUCUAUUCUGUUUGUACUAGUAUGUUUUUAUCUAAAACAAACUGAAAAUAAAGACUUAGAAAAAGCA